CCGAGAUUACCAGGGAAAGCAGAAAGGCAACACCAACAGCCUUUUUCGAUAAUGAUCAUAUGGCGCUAUUAAGUAUUACCGUGCCGACCCUCAAGAAGCUUGCGGUGCCAUUUGUAUGCUGCCUCAUCGCGUUUCUGUCACUCAGCUCGCAAUACCUCUUCUACCACCUCGAGCCGGGGCCGCUGACGCCAACAGAAGCAGCAUGGUUCAACACUCUCGUCUUUUGCAUAUGGUAUACAUAUGAAAGAGCUUGCCGUGUUGAUCCUGGGAGGCUGCCAAAGAGUUUAGCAGAGGGUGGCGCGCAAGAUGGGGCAGAGACGGCGAAGGACGCGGAUGCACUGGCGAAUGUCCAACAUGCCGGCAAGUGGUGCAAGAAAUGCGAUGCUCUGAAGCCUCCUAGAGCCCAUCACUGCCGUCAGUGCAAUCGCUGUAUUCCAAAAAUGGACCAUCACUGCCCAUGGAUAUCCAAUUGCGUCUCGCACACCACGUUCCCUCACUUCAUUCGUUUUGUAUUCUAUGCGGUAGUAUCUAUGGGGGUCCUCGAGUACCACCUCUUCAACCGUGGCUAUAUCGUCUACCAAAACCGCAACCUGCCAUCCUAUCUUGGGCCCUCUCCCUACGCCCUAGCUCACCUAGUCAUCCUCUUUGCCACAAACUCCCUCGCCCUCUUCAUCCUCCUCAUCCUCCUCGUCAGCGCCGGCAACUCCCUCGCCAUGAACACCACCAUGAUCGAAUCCUGGGUGAUCGAGCGACACGAGUCCCUAGCCAACAAAGCGCGCUACCACGGCGGCUUCGUGCACGGCCCCGGCGGGCGCAGGAUCCGCAUCAGGAAGCAGGAGUUCCCCUAUGACAUCGGCAUCUGGCAGAACCUGGUCCAAGGAAUGGGGACCCCGAACGCCCUGACCUGGCUGCUGCCGUUUGCGGGCGACCCGGGUAAUGAGACCGGGUGGGAGUUCCCGGUUAACGGGUUCGAGGACCCGGAUGUGACAUGGCCGCCGCCAGAUCCGGAUCGUAUGGCGCAGGAGCCGUGGACGAGGGGAGAGGGGGAUAGGAAGGAGGUGUUCUUGCACGGGGAUGGAGGGGAUGAGGUGCAGGAGUUUAGGAGGCGGCAGCAGCUGGAUUAUGAGAAGAGGGGACUGGUUGGGAGGGGUCUGUAUGGGCGGAACAGACAGGUUGGGGCGCCGGGGAGCUAUGACUGGCUUGAACUCGAUAGUGAGAGGGACAGUAGCGAAUAUGAAGGACAGGACGAAGAUGCGGGUGGAAGUGACGGAUGGUUCAAUUCUGACGGAGAUAGACUGGGAGACUACGGAGUGGAUGAGGAAGCCGAAUUGGUUGAUUGGGAAGAGGACGACGAUAUUCCUCUUGGCGAGCUGCUGAGGAGACGGCGUGGUACUCGUGUAGCUGAGUCUUAAUAAUAGCAAUGUAAUAUCAUGGAAUCUGUCUCUUUGUCUCUACUUCUGAGUAACUAGCUCAUUAUUUGCAGCCAUGAGUGAUUGAGCGCCAUUAUUGUAAGCAUAGUAACUGUGAAUACCAUUUUUGCGCAAUGUCUCUCUUCAAACAUUUGGGUGGCGGGAGUAGGGCUGAAGAAGUUAACAAGGAAAGUCCCAUCCUAAGCAUGGCACAUCGCGAUCCCGGUUUGGCUGCAAAGUGGAGCAAAACUAUUUAUAGUGUUUUCUCAGACGCGUUUUGCCUAGGCGAUUGCUGUUUUCAGCCACCAAACGAGGC